AUGAUCCAAACACAGAUCUCCCAGCCUCUUAAAUUAUUCGACCUAAAAGAAAACAUUGGCCAUCGCAACCACUACAACCACUACAACCACUACAACCACUACAACCACUACAACCACUACAACCACUACAACCACUACAACCACUACAACCACUACAACCACUACAACCACUACAACCACUACAACCACUACAACCACUACAACCACUACAACCACUACAACCACUACAACCACUACAACCACUACAACCACUAUAACCAUCGCGAAUAA